AUGGGUUUGAAUUUGAAUUUCGCUGUUGUUGUUUUCGUGGGAACUUCAGUUGUGUCGAUUGCCAUGGGUACAAACAUAUGGCCGUGGGGCGGCAUCGGCACUGGGUCCUGGUGCCCGUGUGCGGCCACCGGAAAAGACGCAGAUCCCAGUGCACGAACAAUCGUGGUUGGUGGGACGGACAACUGGAAUUAUGGGGUCAAUUACACGGACUGGCUUAUCAAAAACGGGCCCUUCUAUAUUGGUGACACCUUGGUGUUCAGCUACACUACGCACCACAGCGUGUAUCUGAUGAAAGAUUGGGGGAGCUUCAUAAACUGUAGCAUGGAGGGAUCGAUUUUGAUUGGGAGCACGACUGCCGGUGCCGGUGCCGGAUUCAAAGUGACGCUGGAGCCCGCGCCCUUUUGGCAGCCCUAUCUGUUUGUCUGCGGCGAGAAAAAUGGCAUCCACUGCAGCGCUGGACAGAUGAAGUUCCCUGUCUGGCCCUUGCCACGUUUCCGCAAGCAGUGA